AUGUCCGCGCGAGACAAACUUGGACACGCGAAGCGGGUUUUCGACUCAGGAACGGUUUCGUGCGUCGAUUUAGUCGGGGAAUUUAAGAUUGCGUGGCUGGACGAUGUUUGUCGCGCUCUCUGUAUCCUGAGGAUGUCCGCGCGAGACAAACUUGGACACGCGAAGCGGGUUUUCGACUCAGGAACGGUUUCGUGUGUCGAUUUAGUCGGGGAAUUAAAGGUGAAAUAAACUGACAAGGAAUACUACGACCUCGUUUUGGAAACUGCCGAGCGUUAUCUCACCGCGGGUCGCGUCCGGUUGCUCAAGUUUGCCCUGUCGCUGCGCUAUUAUUCGCCUCGGAUCGAGAUGUUUCGCCAAAUUGCAGCUGAUCGCGGCUUUGUUUCUUCCAUUCCCACAGAAACUGACAAGGAAUACUACGACCUCGUUUUGGAGACUGCCGAGCGUUAUCUCACCGCGGGUCGCGUCCGGUUGCUCAAGUUUGCCCUGUCGCUGCGCUAUUAUUCGCCUCGGAUCGAGAUGUUUCGCCAAAUUGCAGCUGAUCGCGGCGUGCCGAAAAAUUGCGCAGCCGUCGUCGAGAUCAAUGGGGUAAUGACUUGCAAUCCUGGGGAUAUUGACAGGCUCGUCACGUCGGCCACGUCGGGUUCCGCGGCCGAAGUAUUGCAGAUGGACCACAGGCAUCCAGAAAGUGACGCUUCGUCGACAACGAGAGCUGUGCUGUACGCGGAGCCGGGUUCCGUCGGGUUCCAAGCAUUCCAUGACCAGCUGGGCUCGCUGGCAACGCAACGACACGUGGACUACAUUUUCCGGCCCUUUGUUCGGGAUUACGAUGAAGCGGAUUCGCGGCGUGUUCGCCUGUCGGGAUAUGGUGUCGAGUUGCAGAUGAAGUCAACUGAAUACAAGGCCCAGGACGAUGCGAAGGUUGACGACGAGGAUCGAGCCACUGACGACGAGGACAAAGUCGACGAGAUUGAAGGAUUCGUCUUUUCCAGGCUCAGUUCAGUGAAGCGAAACCCCAGGGACCCAUGA